GCGAGAGCCUCGAUGUCGGGUCGAUUCCUGCAGGACAACGCCUGGCCGUCUCGCACCCCGUACCACGCCGCUUCAACGCGCCACCCCUCAGUCUUUCGGCUCCCCCCAACUCGUACCGUCCACUCAGCGGCCACAGUGAACAUUAUCUGUAGAAUAUGGCAUCACCACAAUCCGAGCCCGUCGACGUAUCGGAAUCCUCUGUCGAGUCCCACGAAAAACCAGUCACUGCAGCCAGCCCUCGUCGUAUGGCAUCGACCAGCCCUCGCCGCACAUCGGACGCGCCAACGUCGGGUCCCCAGGCGACGAAGGGACCUGGCGUGUACGCGCUGGCACCCCGGCAGGGCCCCAUGCCGUUGCAGAAUCGGAAGCAGCGGCUGGCGCUUGGGCGAAGGUGGAUGCUGGGACAGGAUGAUGGGUGGAAAGCCGAAGCGUAUAUCAAGUCGAUUUGCGGGCUUACUCGAGGAGAGGCUGUUGUGAUUCAAGGCGCCUUCCGGCUGGAGCAGAGCGAAACGUUGGAUUGGAUGCAGGUGGACCUGAGCGAGUGGAGGGAUUUGGUACCGUAUAUUUUCGAGCUUCGAGUUCACCACAUAUGAACGAGCGCGCCUUUUCGUUCAAAAACCGCGCUCGUCGA